AUGGCCGUCGGAAAGAAUAAGAGAUUGUCGAAGGGUAAGAAGGGCAUCAAGAAGAAAGUUGUUGACCCAUUCUCCCGCAAAGACUGGUACGACAUCAAAGCGCCUUCAUUCUUCGAGCGUCGGAACGUCGGCAAGACACUCGCCAACCGGUCGCAGGGCCUGAAAAACGCGAAUGACUCUCUGAAGGGUCGCAUCAUUGAGGUUUCUCUCGCGGAUCUCAAUAACGAUGAGGAGCAGGCAUUCCGCAAGAUCAAGCUACGAAUCGAUGAGGUCCAGGGCAAGAACUGCCUGACAAAUUUUCACGGGAUGGGAUUCAGCUCCGAUAAGAUUCGCUCGCUCGUACGCAAGUGGCAAACUCUCAUCGAAGCGCACGUGGACGUGAAGACGACCGACGGUUAUCUUCUCCGUCUCUUCGCGAUUGGUUUCACCAAGCGCCGACCUGCGCAGGUCAAGAAGACGACAUAUGCUCAGUCGAGUCAGAUUCGGGAAAUUCGGAAGAAGAUGUUCGAGAUCAUGACGCGGGAGGCAACGAGCUGUGAUUUGAAGGAGCUGGUGCAGAAGUUUGUUCCGGAGGCAAUUGGUCGGGAGAUCGAAAAGGCUGCGCGGAGUAUCUUCCCCCUUCAGAACGUCUACGUCCACAAAGCGAAGAUUUUGAAGGCCCCGAAGUUUGACAUGUCGAAACUGCUGGAGCUUCAUGGAGAGUCAACAGACGAGACUGGCACCCGUGUUGUGAAGGAGUUCAAGGAGCCAGAGAUCCUCGAGACGGUGUAA